AGGAAGUAUCCCAAAAUGGCAUUAGUGUCUACUGUCUACUAUGACUCUCACGCGCUUCCAAGGCGCCCCCAUGUCCGAAAAAGUGAAGAUAUCAUAUAAAAUUGCUGUCGCCGCCUCAGGGAGGGGUUUGGUUGGGACCCUGGCUUUUCAACUAAUGUCUGUAAUUCUGCCCCAACUAAUACGCAGUAAAGGGAGUGAUAUGACAGAAAUGAAUGAAAUAGACACAAGUCUCAAAGUCACGCGAAAACUGGGCGUCGUUAAAUGGACUAAUACACCAGAGAUUGGGCCAGGCUGAGCACCA